UCGAUUUCCAUUCUCAUUGAAAUUUACGCAUCUUUGUAUUACAUCUAUCAAGAAUUUGUUGUCCGCUAGGUCUUGUACCUUUGCCGCCAAAAUGGCAGUCAAUCUGGAUACAGAUACGCUUGAUAAGCUCAACUCCGAAGAGUCUGUCGCUCUUCACAAACUGAUGGACACGUUGACCUCAUGCGGUGUUGGAAAGCUUGUUGAUCUCCCUCAAAUCAUUGUUGUGGGUGGCCAGUCCGCAGGCAAGUCAUCUGUUCUGGAAGCCAUCUCGCGUGUCAAGUUCCCUGUUGCGGGUGGUAUCUGCACUCGCUUCGCUACAGAAAUCAUCCUCCGCGAAGCCGACAAACCCCGGGUGGAGGUUAGCGUCAGGUUCCAUGAUCAGACCAAAACUCCCAAGUUCUUCGAGAGGUCUGGAUUCAGUGAAGAUGAUUUAGCGGAAAUUAUUGAGGAGGCCAGAUCUUGCAUGGGCAUUUCCAAAAGCAGCAGAGAGUUUUCAAAAGAUGUCUUACGUCUUGUUAUUGAGGGGCCAAAGAUGUACCCUUUGACACUUGUGGACUUGCCUGGUAUCUUCCAGGUUGAUACUGGUGACCAGUCUCUCCAGGGAAAGGAGGUCGUGGACCAGUUAUUGGACUCCUACAUGAAGCAAAAGAAUAGCAUCAUGUUGGUGGUUGUCGAGGCCAACGGCCAGAUCGCGUGUCAUACAGCUCUCGCCAGAGUGAAAGCCCACGAUCCCAAGCGUGAGAGGACAAUGGGAGUUAUUACAAAACCGGACCUUGCCGCCAGGGGAUACACGGAGAACUCCCACAUUGAACUGGCCAAGAAUCAAGAACCUUCGCACAAGCUCAAGCUGGGCUGGCAUGUGCUACGCAACCGAGCUGAGGACGAGGCGGAUUUAGAUAUGGACGCGCGCGAUGCCGCCGAGGAAGCCUUUUUCCAAUCAUCAGCUUGGAAAACCAUUGUGCAAAAGGAUCGCGGAAUUGCCAGUCUACGCAAAAAGCUCAGCAAGGAGUUGUACAACCACAUCCGCAAGAAUCUCCCCAGCGUCAUUGAAGACAUCGAGACUAAGCUCGGAGAGAGGCAGGCUGAUUUGAACAAAUUUGGGUUAGGUCGAUCCAGUAUCCAAGAUAUGAGAUCUUUCCUCCUUCAGAUUGCUAGCGAGUUCCAACGCCUUGCCAGAGAUGGCAUCACAGGCUCCUAUUCCGACUCCUUUUUUGGUCACGUUGCCAAACCUCAGAACAGACUUCGCGCUGAUCUCAAGAGUUUCUACCGUGCCUUUGAGUAUAACAUGAAGUCGAGCGGCCACACUUUCAAUAUCAAGGGGCUAGACGGUGACAACGAUGACAAUGACAAUGAGUCUAGUGAAGAAGAAGACGACGAAGACGAGGAUAGCGAAGAAAAUGAUACUAAACCCAGUGACAUGCUAGCAACUGUUGCCGACUUUCUGGCUACUCACCCGUUGAGCCCUGAGCUUCCUUCUCCUACACGUAUGGACCGCAAGGAAAUGAACGCGUGGCUGGAGAAGUAUGCUGUCAACAGUGUUGGACGUGAGCUGCCAGGCAUAUGCAACAGCGAUCUUGUCAUCAAGCUGUUUCAGUGGCAAGCUCGGCCAUGGGAGGACAUUGCUCGCUCCCAUAUCAACGGCAUCAUGGACGUGGCCAAAGACUUUGUCGAAGAGAUGUUCCUGAAAAUCGUCGGCCGAGGAGACGCUUAUACUACCAUGGAGGGUCUACUGAGCGAGUUUGUUGAUCCCUUUUUCGAGGAGAAGGAGAUGCGUCUGGAGACGGCGCUGGCGGAUAUCCUCUGGCCGUACAAGGAAGGCUAUGCGGUGCCGCUGGAUGAAGAGUUUCGCGAGAUUCUCUCCAAUUGGCGAAUCCAACGUGUUGCCGCAAAGCUCCAGAAGAUGCCUGUUAACGAGGUCCAGGAUGAAAGGACCCAGCGGGUGAUGAAAUCCGAGGGUGCAACCAUGCAUAUGGCCAAGAUGUUGAGUGUCUCGGCUAACAGUGGCACCUUUGCUACCGAGGAGGCUAUUCAGAUGAUGCAAGCUUACUAUGAGAUGUCUCGCCGAACAUAUACAGACAACAUCAUCAACCUCGCUGUAGAGCGAUGCCUUGUCUAUGACCUACCCAACCUAUUCAGUCCUCUCAAAGUCGGACAGUUGACUGAUGAGAAGAUCAUGGAGCUUGCCGCAGAGUCUCAGGACGCACAAGCUCAGCGUGCGCAGCUCACACAGGAGGUUGCCACGCUACGAAAGGGCCUGGAAAAGUGCCGACGAUGGCGUCCUCGCAGUGAUCCUGGACAACCGCAGCCUCGGGCUACCAAGAAGAUUACCAAGGAAUCCACGUCGUCCGUCAAAGCUAUCAUGGCUGCUCCUAGUUCAAGCAGUACCUUGACAACCCAGCAGCAGCAGCAACUUCCCCUUGGUAAGGUUGCUGUCCCUGGCAGCAGCCUCUUUGCAACGCUUAUUACCAAGAAAAUACCCGACGAGAGUAGCUUAUUUGUGAAUCCAACUCCAGUUCACACACCGGAGCCUCCUACGAAAUCUACACCUCCAGCAACCAUCUCAACACCAAAACAAGGCACCAAAAGCCAGCAGAUUGUAAACCAGCCCGUCACAAAUGCCUCUGGGAGUCUUUUCGGGCCCAAACAACCUGCCACUAGUACACUUUUUAGUACCAAACCAGCUGCCACUAGUACACCUUUUAGUAUUAACACUAGCUCUGGCUUCUCAUUCAGCACACCGCCACCUAUUACUGGUCAGGUGCAGUCUAAGCCGGCGCCAGGCGCUGGCCUCGGUGCUAUAAGCCUGUUCAGCAAGAGUAACAAUCCGGCAAAAGGGUAAGGUCCAACUGGGUGCAUCACCGCGAAAGAGAGUCAAAUUCUUGCGACACCUCGCUGGAGUUUAACCAUAUUUGUGCCCAUAAGCAAUUCGAAAAUGUUUCACCAGAGGAGUUGCGGCUGUCUGGGUCUACCGAUAGUACGAUACCGUAUCGCGACCAUAGUCAAGUAGAGCAGAGCGAGCAGAGCGAGCAGGAAGGUCAUGGCCGUCGUCGCAACAGAAGUAGGCGCAGGAGACGAAGCUCGUAGAUGAAGUUUAUCUCACAUACACCUGGAUGUAUGUGGUUAGUGAAUUGAAGUAAUAGCUGAAAAGGGUAUAUCUGGCUAGCGAAUUGGAAUUGGCAAAUUUAUGAAACAAUCUAUGUACAUAGGAUGGAUAUUUCCCGUGCUUCCCUGCCUCAUUAGUCGAACUGGAGGAUGUCUUCCAUUGCAUCAGGAUCCGAUGGCGGUCUGACAGUCGUUCCAACUGCCGUCCCCAAUAAAUUCAAGGCGUCGAUGUAUUCCUCAUUAUGUGGUACGCUGACAGCAGUUCGCUGAGAUAAAUGAGGCGUGUCAUUUGAUAUUGAAGGUGCUGCCGUGGAUCCUGUCCACUGAUGUGACGCAGGUAGUUCAAAAAGCCCAACGUCUGUUGCAGAGCCAUUCUCUGGGUAGACGAAAAUGUCUUUCCAUUCCAUCCACGGUUCGAAGUCCGUAUCCGGGUUAGGACUCACGGUUACCAUAGGUGAACCCUCUUUGUUCCCGUUAGGCUGCUCGAAGCUCUGCAUCGUGCGUGGUACCGCCGUUUGAAAAAAGUUCAUAACAUGCGCUUGUACCACGGCUCCUAGACCGGUGAGUUCGACUGGGAGGCCAUAAGAAGCAAUAAACUUGUUGUAUUCGUGUGGAAGUUGCUUUAUCAGGUGAUCCUGUAGUACGCUCAGGUUUGGUGCCACCAAUCGUUCUGAGAUGUAAUGAUCAGCAGGCAAAUCCUCGCCAGGGCAGCAAAUCUGAAAGAUAUCAUUCCAUUGAUCGUGUUGACUCUUGGUCUGAUCGAUGCGUUUCCUGAGUUUCCCUUUUUGCACCUCAUUAAGACGCCCUGCCCAGGAUGGUGGUCGUUCUUGUACUAGACAUGUCUCUUGCUGGCAGUGUACAUUUCGAUCAGCUGCUUUUUUGAACACCUUGAAGCAAACAGUGCAAUGAAUUGGGGUUUCGUGUUUUCGCUGGAUGUGGCAUUUGAGACGAUGUAUAGCGUCGAACUUUCGGUCUCUGCAGUCUUUAUAACGGACAGGAUCUGAUUUGUAAAAUGUGCAGGCAAAGGAGCGGCUUGUUUCCUCUUCCUCGGUGCCGGUGAUCGUAUUUGGCGAUCGUUUUUUGCGGCCGUUUCCAUCACCGUUUCUAUUGUUGACGCCACCACGGCGCGCCCUUUUUUGUUGUCCUUUGUCGCUCUGUUGACUGCUUUGUUGAGUAGACGCUUGUGAAGCCCUGCUUGACUCCCCGUUUGCGUGCUUGCGAAUAGGGCCAAUGCCGUAAUCAUAAGGUCUGACUACUCCUCGCGACUUCGCAAAGGCAGUCAAGAGUCUCCAUAAUACCAAUGCCCUUGUUUGUAGUUUUGGUCUGGGCUUGCACAGGCUGGCAGUUGCGUUGUCGCUGCACAUGAAGGGAUACACGGCUUCAUCUCCAAAAGAGAGGUCCAUAGGAAACAAUGGCUGCUGGUCAUUGAUUGUCAUGUUUGGUGCCGUGAGUUGCCUUAUGGCCGUACCGAAAGUAUCCCAUUCUCCGGUAAGGUUUUGAGCAGAAGCAUACGACCACUCAAGGCCCGGUACAGAAAGGCAAGGUCCAAGCACGGCUGACGUGGGCAAGAGUCCAAGGCCAGCAUCGUUACGUCCAAUCAAACAAGCGUUGGGUAUAGGCUGUUGUAGCUUGCGCCUCUUCUGGUGGUUUUGGUGAUUUGCAAUCGUAGUAUUGCGAUUCACACGAUUUCGUAGUGAGGUGGUUUUGUAGCGAGCAUACUGGUUGGGGUCAAGGUGGCUCCCAAAGCGCUGCCCAUCACGGCCCCGUAUUAAAUAGGGCAGCGUGACCGAGCCACUAUCUUCCCGUUAGCGUAUGUUUAUAAUCA